UCUGCAGAGGGGAUCUAUUCUUAGGCUGUCUGUCCAGGCCAUCCGAGCAGGCAAGAACUCUCCUCCUUCUGCUUUUAAGACUUUUUUGACUUGUUUUGUCAGUGUAAACAGGGGUGGGAUUGAACUAUUUGUUUUUUCUUUUAAGUCUGAUUCAUUCUGUGAGGCUCCUCGGUGCCUGCCCGUACCCGGGUGUUUGGUCAUCCCGACUACAGGGAGAAGAACUGAAAGGAAAGAAAGGACUUUACUGAUCCGAGAAGAAGCUUUUCACUUUAAACUCUCUUCAAAAUGAGCAAUUACACAGUAACCCUGUCAGGACCUGCACCAUGGGGCUUCAGGCUGCAGGGAGGCAAAGACUUCAACAUGCCCCUGACCAUCUCCCGGAUCACACCAGGCAGCAAGGCAGCAAGCGGAAACCUCAAUCAGGGUGACAACAUUACAGCAAUAGAUGGGGUUAGCACUGAAGGCAUGACCCAUCUGGAUGCCCAAAACAAGAUAAAGGCAGCCACCACCAAACUCGUCCUCACCAUGCAGAGGUCGAGACGUCCCGCUCCUGUACCCACAGCCACUCCAAGAAUGGACUCACCCAUGCCAGUUAUCCCUCACCAGAAGGUCAUUGCCAACACAGCUGCCAACCAAGAAUAUGUUCCCAGCUUCAACCCCAUUGCACUCAAGGACUCCGCUUUGUCCACUCACAAGCCUAUUGAGGUGAAGGGUCCUGGUGGGAAGGCUACUAUCAUCCAUGCCCAGUACAACACUCCUAUUAGUAUGUACUCUCAGGAUGCUAUUAUGGAUGCCAUUGCUGGUCAGGCCCAAGCCAGAGGGAAUGAGAUGAGUGGUGAUGACUCCGCUGGAUCUCCCUUGGCCUCACUUCCUAUUAAAGACCCGCUUGUGGACAGUGCUUCUCCAGUGUACCAGGCCGUGAUCAAACCUGACGAUAAGGAGCCGGAGAUGUCUGAGUGGGCCCGUCGUGCCGCCAACCUGCAGUCCAAGUCCUUCCGCAUCCUUGCUCAUAUCACAGGAACGGAGUAUUUGCAAGAUCCAGAUGAAGAGGCUCUUAGAAAAUCAAGGGAGAAAUUUGAAUCCGAGGUAAAAGGCCCACGAUUUGCCAAACUGAAAAACUGGCACCACGGCCUAUCUGCACAGAUCCUUAACAUCCAGGGGUAAAUGCCUCCUAAUGUUGCUGGACAGAAGUUGAGGCAACAAUCAACAAAGAAUCCAGAAGACGAUGUAAAGUGAGGGUGCAAUAGGCAGAGAGAAGUAGUUUAGUGACUGGAAUGUGAGUUAGUGUUAUAAACUAGCCUGUAAGUGAACACACAAAGCUCCUGUGUUUGCUGUUCAUAUGUCUGUUUGUUUCAUGUAACUUUCAGUCAAUGAAACAUAGUGCAUAGUGCUUAGUUGUCUUUUUUUCAUUUGAUGUUUCUCUUUUUCUUCUCCUUUGGCUGCUCUGUUUAUCCUAAAUUAUUGCCGAAUAAUGAAUUGCCUGAAUGAAUUGCUGAUGUAAAAAAAAAAAAAACCCUAACCUAACCCUAAGAGAAAUUAUAAAAUUAUGUACCACAUCCACUGCAAUACUCCACACCACAGCACAUAUUGAAAUACAAACCAAAUGUACUAUUGUUAAUAUGAAUAAAACAUUAUUACUUUUAACCAAAUAAA